AUGACGGCGGCCUCAUUUCCCGAGGCUUUUCCCUCCACUUCCGCCGGCUAUGGCGGCUGCUUCGACUCCGAUCUGUCCAUCUUCGAGAACAAGAGCGGCCUGGCGGAGGACAUGAAGUUCCUGGCCUCCAUGCCAGAGCUCUGCGACGUGACGUUCCUCGUGGGAGAGACGCGGGAGCCAGUCUGUGCUGUGAAGGCUGUCCUGGCGGCGCGCUCGAGGGUCUUCCAGAAGCUCCUGUACCAGGCGCCGUCGCCGCAGAGGCGCAAGGAGCCGCCGCAGCGCGAGAACAAGCUCAGGCUCUUCCUCAAGCGCUCCUCGGAGCCGCUGCUGAACCUGCAGAACGCCGCCCAGCAGCCAACCGGACAUCAGCACCAGACGCUGAUCAUUGAGGAAUUCGAGCCGGACGUCUUCAGGCAGUUGAUCGAGUACAUUCACACCGGCGGCGUGACGCUGCAGCCGCGGACGCUGCUGGGCGUCAUGAACGCCGCCGACUACUACGGCCUGGAGGAGCUGCGCAGAGCCUCCGCCGGAUUCGUGCAGUACUGCAUCAACGUGGACACGGUGUGCGCCUUGCUGGCCUCCGCUGAGCGCUACAUCCAGUACAAGUGCACCAAGAACCUCGUGCAGAAGGUGCUGGAGUUCGUGGACGAGCACGGGAACGAGGUGCUAAAACAGGGCAGUGUCACCCUUCUGCCACAGCACGUGGUGCGGCUGAUUCUGGCCAGGGAGAAACUCAGAGCCGAUGAAUUCACCAAGUUCCAGGCGGCUCUCAUGUGGAGCAAGAAGUACUGCGACAGCAGCCCGGCGAACCCUCUGAAGGAGAUCCUGGGCAACUUCCUGGAGUACAUCCAGUUCCACAAGAUACCGGCGAAUGUGCUGAUGCGGGAAAUCCACCCACUUGGCCUUGUGCCGUAUUCGAUUAUCAUGAACGCACUGGCCUUCCAAGCUGAUCCCGCCAGUGUGGAUCCGGGAAAGUUGUCGCCCAACUCCAGCCGAGUGCGACGAGCGAGACACGCAAAGGGGCGCUCCAUGUCCGUGCAGAGCUCCCUCGAUCCCUAUGGCUCCAACACCACGCUCAGCUCAGCCAAAUCCCAGAGCUUCCGCACCAGGCGCAGUCCAUCUGAGCGCAAGAGCAGCUCCUCGGCCAUCGCGCCGACGUCCGGUCAGCUCAACCUGGCCAUCGAGCGCGUGGGCAGCAAGAGGAGUCCCAGCGGAGUGUCGCCACACGACAGCAAGAGCCCCAGCAGCACGUCCCAGAAGAGCCCCAUGUCCCUGUCGCGCCAGAACACCGUCCGGCAGUCGCACAGGCGAAAGAACAGCACGACGCCGUCGCUGAACUUGCAGGGCCGGCGGAGUCCCAGCGGAGCCGCGCCCGAGCAGCGCAGUCCGCAGGGGCGUCGCAGCCCCGUCUUCCUCAGCUACGAGCCGUCGCGCUCGGGACACAGAAGUCCCACGGACCGGAGGAGUCCCACGUCCUUCAUUCACGUGCAGCAGCAGUCCGGACACCGGAGCCCCAUCGACUACGAGCGACGGAGCCCGUUGUCCGGCGUGGCGCCUCCGCUGGACCGGCGGAUGUCAGGAGGAGUUUCGCCGGAUGAGAGGAGAACUUCUCUGCAGCAAUCCCUGAUCCUCGGGCGACGCAGCCCCAUUGGAUUCUCGCAAGGCAUGAUGAUCCCGCUCACGCCCAGCCGGAGUCCCACGGUGCCAAUCCCACCCAUUACGAUCUCCAACCCUUCGGAGACCAUCGCCAUCAUCCAGCGCCAGGUGGAGAGCAACGUCGAGUCCUCGGCGGUCGAGAAGAGUCCGCCGGCGGCGGAGCGGAAGGAGAAGACCAGCGUCAUGCGCGAGAUCCUGGCGUUCGUGCGGAAGCCAUCGAAGAAAGUCACCACGCGAUCCAGCAGAUUCGCCGCGGCCUUCUCGAGAGCCGAGUCGACAUCAGGAAGUCCUCUGCUUCGCCAAAGCACCUUCUCUAGCGCCCCCACGGCGUCCAGCCGGGCGGCCAAGAGUGCUGUGACAAAGCAGAUGUCGGAGGUGAGCUUAGAGCCGAAAAUAUCGCAACGCUUCAAGAAUCUCGCCUACACGACUAAGCUGUCUCUGAGACUGCGGCGCUCGGACACCAGCAAAGCCAAGGAUGCCAAGAAGUCCAGCGGAGAAGAAGCCAGCGACGUGGAGAGUAUCUCAGACACAAAGGCAGUGGAGAAACUGGGAUCCAAACCAUCGUUGAACAAUGCAAACGGUGGAUUGUCGUUUGAGCUGGAGAACGUGCACUUCGAGAAGGUGGGCGAUUCCUACAUCAAGCACGAGCAGAUCCGCGAGGAGACCAUCGAGGAGUCCAGUCCGGUGAAGUCCGUCUCGAGCGGCGAGCGCCGUCCGGAGACGCUGGAGCCGAACGUGAUCGUGGUGAGCGGGAAGACGCCGCUGCAGGAGGAGACGGAGCGCAUUGAGGAGCUGAAGCGGAGGCUCUUGAGCCUCCUGCCGCCGGCCAAGAUGCUCAGAAGCCCGGCCGGCCGAGACGAUGCGAAUGGCGUGCGCAGGGAUUCGGGGGCGGAUAGUUUCGAAAUUGUGGACACGGAUCGCAAUCGUGAGUCCAGCUUUGAGGAUCGCUACUCCUCCAUCGACACGAAUUUCCCUCUUGACUUUGUGGCGACCGCAGCGCCGGUGUGCGAUGCGAGGAGUAGAGGACGCGAGGAUAAGCAGAAGGAGCUGGAGAGCGAGUGUGAAUGA